AUGGCCGUGUUGUACUUCUUCCGCGAACCGGAAACGGUCUUCGAUUGUGCUAGUUUCAUCUGCGGAUUGCAGUUCAUGAUGGGCUGCACGGGAUUCAGUAAGCAGGGACCGCUCUUCAGGAUCAGUCUAUGGAGGAGGGUAUACUCCCUGACAGUGGCCAUUAUGGCACUAAUGGGUCUCUUCGGCUCCCUGAGCGUCCUUUUAGCGGCCGAGGAUGUAGGAGAACAAUUGGUGAAGGCCCAUGGCUUGGUUCUGGGCAUUGCAGUCCUGGAAUUGGUCAUGUCCACCUUUGUUUUUGUUGCCACUGUGUUAUCACUGCAAAUAGCAGCACGAAAGCAUUUGGCUAUCUAUCUAAGACUGGCUGCCUUGGAUUCCAGACUGAUAAGUGACUUUGGAGCGAAUCUAAAUUACAGGAAGAUACUGAGAAAGAACAUAGUAUUGCUGGCUGUGGUUACCUUAAUUUACUUAACGGCUAUCAAUUGUGCCGCCAUCCAGUUGGGCAGUGGUCACCGAGCUCUAUUUCUACUGUUCGCUAUCAGCUAUGCGAUCGUCACCGGGGGACCCCAUUUCACGGGAUAUGUGCACAUGAGUUUGGCCGAAAUGCUGGGCAUCCGUUUCCGGUUGCUGCAGCAGCUGCUUAGCCCGAAGUUUCUGGAAUGGCGGUUUCCGCAGAUGGAAGUCCGAGAAUUGCGUAUACGCCAAGUGGUGGCGAUGGUCCAGGAGCUGCACUACCUCGUCCAGGAGAUCAACAGAGUCUACGCGUUCAGUCUGUGGUCAGCCAUGGCCCACGAUCUGGCCAUGAGCACCAGUGAGCUGUUCAUGCUGUUCGGUCAGUCCGUGGGAGUCGACGGGGGCGGGGGUGGCCAGCAGGGGGAUGAGGAGGAGCAGGGGAGUAGCGGUCGAAUGCUCGGAUACGUGGCCCUCUGCAUGAUUCCACCGCUCUACAAGCUCUUCAUUGCCCCCUUCUACUGUGAUCGAACCAUUUCCGAGGCUAGAAAGUGUCUCCGACUCGUGGAGCAGCUGGACAACUGGUUCCCCCAGAAGACCUCACUGCGUCCCUUGGUCAAAUCCUUGAUGACGUGGCAAUUGCAGGCCAAGAUCCAGUUCACCAGUGGCCUCGAUGUCGUUCUGAACCGUCGGGUUAUCGGAUUGUUCACAACGAUUCUGGUCAACUACCUGCUUAUCCUGAUCCAGUUCGCCAUGACCCAGAAAAUGGGAGAGCAGAUCGAACAGCAGAAGAUUGCUCUGCAGGAGUGGAUUGGAAACUAA